CGUUUCGCGCGCUGGCGUCAGUUACUCUCUGCUACGUUCAGCACGCACACGUCACUCGCUCGCCGCCGAUCGCGCAGCGCGCUCGCAGCGAAAUAUUCCCGCACGGUGUGCGCACACGGCCGUUGACACGCGGAAGAUCUCGUCGCCGAGACAGAGAGUAGUAGAGACAACGGAGGACCGUCCCUACGCACGAUGAUCGUCGCGAGACCGUGACCCGCGGACGAGAGAGAGAACAAGAGAGAUCUUCCGGCUCAGUGCCCCCGACGAUUUUACGCCACGCGCCGAUUUAUUUGGAUUAAAGUAGAGUACACGAGAAACGAGCGCACGCACCGAAGACCGAAAUCACGAUGCUUCGGCAGAACAACUACCUCGCCUUGGGAGUGCUUGGCUGCGUCCUCCUGCUGUCGGCAACCACCGCGGACAACAGUGUGCACAUACUGUCCAAGUACGGCCACCAACCGCUCACCUCGACCACUCUCAAGUGGCUGCCAAUAGCCCACUACAAUCCGAGCGAAUCGAAGGAGAUAGUGAUCGGUGGCGUCGAGAACCUACCGGAUAACGAAGACGAGAACUAUGCCAAUCAAGCGGAAAAGCAGGAGGCGAGGAUGCCGACGCUCUACGUAUGCCGCACGAUGCACAGUGGCGUAUGGGUGGCCGGGACGCAGAAGGAAAAGGAGAAGGUCUGCAUGGUGACGAUACACGGUGUUGUGCAGUCGUAUACGAAAUACGAGCUGCUGGAGAACGUUGACGGGGCGGCGCGAAUCGCCUGGGUUCACUGGGAUAGGUAUACGCAGCCUCACUUGGGCGCGGUGUACGUCGACAAGAUGAUGCUGGUGGCUCGGCACGAGGUCCCGAAGGACAAGAGGAAACCGCGGUACACCCAUUACAUCGGUACGCUCAGCUCGAUCGAGAACUUUGGCACUAUCGUCUACGUGAACGAGGACGGCAAGGAGGAAUCCGCAAAGACCGGUGAUCUGCUGGUGGAGACCGAACCGAUCCGUUACGAGCUGAGCGCCGUUAAACUCAACUGGUCUAAGAGGCGCGAUAUGAAACGCGUACCUCGUGUACUCAGCGAACUAACGAUCGUCAACAACGGACCGAGACCGGCGAACCUAGCGGAGACCUGCACGUAUACGUACAAGUACUCGGUUUACUGGGGUCGUAGGCACGCCAUCUUGAACGGCCUGAACACCACGAUCACGUUAAUGAACGGCACGUCCUUGCCAAACAUAACGUGGGGUACGCCCUACUUCGAGAAUCGCACGGAGGCUUACGACGUGCUGGUCUAUCUGGAGCCUGGUACAGGCGUGAACGUGACUCUGAAGGCAAAUUACACAGACAUGGAGGUACCGUACUCCGCGACAUUGGUCUCGCACUACGAGGACGGUGCGAGGUCACGCGGUAUCAGCGGCACUCGACAGGAGGAAACGUUGUUCGACAUCACGCCAGAAAUCGGGCCCGUCUACUUCCUGAGCAAUUUCAGUUUGGUGCCGACCACCACGCCGCCGCCCACCACCACCACCACCGAGCUACCGACCACGACGACGUUGAUGACGACGACGAUGGCGGCGACGACGACAACGACAGCGAAGCAGCUGCAGGAGACGAACCGUGGAACGCAUCGACACCGAACAGACGACGCGCCGGACACGAUGAAUCACGACGAGAACUCAAUCUUACCGCAAAAGAAAGGCAUAUCGACGGAAAUGCAGAGCGACGACGGCGGUCCGCUGUCGCUCAAGAACAAGUCCGGCGGCGCCAAGUCCGUCGCGCUCCAGUCGACCUUAUUGUCGCUCGUCAUCCCGCCGCUACUUCUGCUAAUCCUCCACAAAAUUACGUGAAGGCCCGAUCGCGCGUUCGACGUUGCCGCCGCCGCCGCCGCCGCCGCCUCUAAACGUUAAUUCCUAAUUCCCGCAAUAGUAAUAUAAUAUAAUCUAGUAGACAACACAGUACCGAAAACAGAAAAAGGAUUAAAAAAGACAAAAAAGAUUACACACAGAAAAAAAAGAAAAAAUAUAUAUAUAAAUAUAUAAUGCGCGGAAAGAAAAUUGCUGUAAUUUCGUACGUAGCGAUUAUCGUGCGAAUGACCUCUUUAUUUGAACGUACAUACACGCACCGCUGAGUCGCGGUGCUGAUAUAUGCUUGCCUUUAAAAAGAAAAACUCGAUAUUUAAUAUAUAUCUAUAUUAUUAUAUAUACACGUACAACACAUACACACAUGCGUCUUAGGGUAGCAAAAGAGAACGAGAGAAAAGUAUCCUCGCGAUUGAACAAUGGAGCUAGUCUCACAAUGAGUUAAGUACAAGAGCGAGAUCGCAGCGACCGAUGGCGUAGGUGGAUUAACCUGGCCGCGAAACGUUCAUCCGCGUUAUGUUGUUGAAGAGAGCCGACCGCGUAACAUUCCGUCUUUUUCUAAUCCUGCUGUGAAUCGACUUUCCAGCUGUAACGUAUGUCUUAUGCCUUCGCAAAGUGUAACUCUAGAUCCUUUAGAAUACUAAUUGCUUCAAAGAACGGCACAUUCUUUUUUUAGACGGUUGAAGAGAAAGGAAAAGGAAAUGCCGCGAAUAACGUUUUGGACGAGUAGUAGCGUAUACGUCGAAUUGGGAGACGAAUAGAAGUUAAGCAAUGGAAAAAAAGACAGAGCGAGAUAUGAGAGUUGAUUCAGCUACGAUAUAUUUUUGAGAUUGCCGUAUAAUUUUAGAAGAUUGUAAAAUUUAUAAGGAUAGCAAGUAAGAGAGAAAACCGUAUAAAGUAUAAAGGUGGAUGGGUACAAGUUUUUAUUCCGCGCGCGACUAAUUUACUGAUUCGAUUAAGUUCUAAAGCUAUUACAGCGAAACGACAAACGGCCAAGCCAAUCAUUUAAGACGUAACUACACAUAGUUACAUAAUAACGUUAAGCAACGUUAUUCACACGAACGCAGAAUAUUUGCUGAUGCAGUAUGUUUUUUUUUUCUUGUUUUAAAUAGUUCGAUAAACAAAUUCGUAUGUACCCAUCUCUCGCCAGUGUGUAAAGUGAUAGGAUUUGCAGGUUUCUUAGAGUACUGUUGAAGAAGAGAUUGUAAUGGAGGAACCAUUGGUAUAUAUAAUAUAAAUAUCUAAAUAUUCUAUUAAUAAAGAGAAGAGGAUAGAAUAUUUUGGUACGUGUGCGAAGAAUAGAAUUAUUGAGUUUUACGAUUUGUGGAAAGAUUUUUUUUGUUUGUUUACUUCGAAAGACUAAAGCGACGAGGACGGUCAUUUUUCAUACGAGGUUGCGUUGUCAGCGUUUUUACCGAAGAAGUACCCACAUAUAUGUAUAUAAUAUGUAUUUCUAUGAUCUUGAUAGUUGUAAUAUUGUGUAGUAAGCUUAUUUAUAUACAACAUGAUUUAUAGAUAUUUUCUCUAUCGAUAGUAGCGUCACACAAAAGUACAAUUCUUAUAUUUUACUAUUAACCGAUGAUGAAUAUCGUAGAAUUAACGCGAAACUGUUUAUUUCGGACUAAAGCGGACAUGUCUCUAACGACGUUUAUUGACGUAAGCCUAAUCACGAUUGUUGUGAUAUUCAAUGAGAAGCUUAUAUGAACGCGAAAAGGAGGAAAGAAAAGAAUUAUGUUGAGCGACUCGUUGAUUGCGUGAGAAAGCAAUAAUUCGUUGCGAGAUCGAAAGACUUGCGAGGAAGCGAGAGAAAAGCGAUAGAAAACAAACGCAAAUAAAAUUUAUGGUACCUAUAAUAUUUCUUCGAUAUUCCGAGUAAACUAACAAACGCGACGUCCGAGUAACGAGUGGCGGCGCGAUUUUAGCGUAAAGCUCGACCGAGAAGAACGUUGUAUAUUCGUACGACCCGAGAUCAUAGAUCGAUGAUUAACUAACAAUUCACCCUAUUCGCCGGUAGACGUAAAUGAAUCCUAAAGAAACUAGUUGUCAACCUCGGCGAAGCCAAGAACCGUUCUAAAGAUAUCUAUAUUCUCAACACAGAUGUAUUAUUUGUGAAUAAUGCUACUCUGUAUUGUACAUUAUCAUGUAAAUAUAAAUGCUAUGUACAUACAAAA